UGAUCACUGGCAACCCGGAAGUAAGUUCUUGCGCUUCAGAAAGAAAACAAGCAUGAAACCUCGGCACGACUGAUCAGAUGUUGCGUUUGAGGGCGGCGCUGGUUUCGGGUGGACGAUGAUACAACCUCGCCUCAUCUGUGUUGUCGCCCUGUGUCUUGGUGGUUACGUGAGCUCGCUGAAAACCGAACCGCAGACUCCAGACUGGAGAUUGACUCUGAAAACAAUCCGGAACGGAAUUCACAAGAUUGACACGUACCUGAACGCAGCGUUAGACUUGUUCGGAGGAGAUGACGGUUUGUGUCGCUAUAAAUGCAGUGACGGUUACAGACCUGUGGCUCGACCUGGGUACAAGCAUCCGCCCCCGAACGGCUGUGGAUCCCCGCUGUUUGGACUGCAGUUUGACAUCGGUGUCCCAUCCAUGACCAAGUGCUGCAACCAGCACGACCGCUGCUACGACACCUGUGGCCAGGAGAAGCACGACUGUGACCAGCGGUUCCAGGACUGUCUGCAGACCAUCUGCAGAAAUGUGCAGCAGACUCUGGGCCUGGCCAAGAGUGUGCAAGCGUGCGAGUCGGCAGUGACUGUCCUGUUCGACGCCGUCCUGCACCUGGGUUGCAAACCGUACCUGGACAGCCAGCGAGACUCCUGCGUGUGUCAGUAUGAAGUGAAGAGCGAACUGUAGCAGCCAUUCUGUCACCUGGACUAUGGAGACUUCUCAACAGGACUGUAACAGUCGUGUCUCAGUGAGAAGAGCCCUUCAUGUGUUCAUAUGUUCUGGAUUAUUUCAAUGGAUCGCACAGUUGGUUGUAUAGGUUAUAAUCGUCCUUUUUGUAUGAAACUGCUGUUGUUCUUGUAAAAAAUGUGACGUGCAUUUUAGUGAUUAAACUGUAUAAAUGACCUUCAUCAUACAAUAAAUUGAUAUU